UUUACCAAUUUAACUAAUUUUUUAAUACAUUAGUAAUAUGAUUUAUAUUUAAUAUAUGUAUUUUGUACAUAAUUUCCCAUGUUACAUUCAACAUUCUCUGUUCUGAAUUACUUGACUUUGGAUGCUGCAAUUUCUUAACUAGCAUACGCCAGCCUUAAGUGUUAUUGUUGUUUUAGAAUGGCACAAACAAGGCGUGUGCCAGUCUUUGGUUCACGGCCACCAUGUGCAUACCAAUCUCGACUUGAUGAACGUAGCUUACAAUUACGUAUGGCUAGAAUGGAACGGUCCAGAAAGUCAGAUAAACCAGAAGAUUUUGUUUGCUAUGAAGACUCGGAUGAAGAAGAAGAGAGUACAAUGUCGUUAUGCACUAUGUUAAACUCUUCUUAUAAUUUUGUUGAUUAUAUAAGAAACCGAGAAUAUGGAAUGCGAGAGUAUCGUUCAGUUAAUCAAAAUCAUGGUACAAGACAUAUUCUUACACAUGAUUUGUUCAAAGAACGGUCUAUACCAUUGAAAACAAUGAAUAAAGUUUUUUGUUCACAAUGGCUUAGUAGUAAACAAAUUGUCUUUGGUACAAAAUGUAAUAAAUUAAUGGUGUAUAAUGUAAAAUCUCAUGAACUGGACCAAAUACCAUCGAUAAAAGGACGUGUAGAUGAAGCAGCUGAUCAACAAAGUGGUAUUCAUUCAUUAAAAAUUAAUCCAUCUAGGACAUUGUUGGCAACAGGCGCAUAUAAUUCUAAUGAAAUAGCUGUAUAUAGGUUGCCAACAUUAGAUCCAAUUGUUUUAGCAGAGGGUGCUCACAAAGAUUGGAUAUUUGAUAUUGAAUGGUUGGAUGAUGAGUUUUUUGUUAGUGGUUCACGGGAUACCAAGCUUGCUCUAUGGCAAGUUCAAGAUAAAUAUCAAGAAAAGUAUGAUUCUGAUGGUGACCUCAUACAACCAAUUACUCAAUUUCUCAAUCCUGCAGUCAUAAGAAGCUGUAAGACAGCACAAAAAGUCCGAGCAAUCACAUUUAAUAAGAAUUUAAAAGAAAUGGUUACAUUGUCUUUAAAUGGAUAUGUUCAUGUUUGGGAUGUUGAACGUUUUAGACAAAAGUUUUCAAGAAGAUUAUCAUCUUGUCAAGACAAUGUCUGUAUGGCAAUGAAAAAUGAUAGUAGUUUAUAUGCAGUUGGAUGCCGUUCAUACACACUAUUACUUGAUUCAAGAACAUUACAUACCAUAAAAAAAAUACCUGCAAGAUAUAGUGGAUGUGGAAUUAGGUCAUUAAGUUUUCAAGAUAAUGUAAUUACAAUUGGAACAGGUGUUGGUGUUAUAAUGUUCUAUGAUAUACGGGCAGGAAAGUACCUAGAAUCUAGUAUCAACUCUAGUAGAGCAGUUGUGUUAAAAACAAGUAGAGGUUAUGUUUAUCCUGAUGAAGAUUUUAUGGUGGAUCAAGGAUUUCAACAAGUCAAAUAUACACCUGCAAUUUACACACAUUGCUAUGAUUAUUCAGGAACACGAUUAUUUUCUGCUGGUGGACCGUUACCAGCUAAUUUAUGUGGCAAUUAUGCAGGCUUGUGGCAGUAAUAUUAUUACAAUUUAUUGUUUAAAUAUUAUUAGUAGUAUUAUCAUACUACAUAAAAUAAUUCUUCCAACAAUGGAUGAAAUAUUUCAAUAUUUUGUUAGUGACAUUCCUUGAGUCAUUAUAAACUAUGUACAAAAUAUUGAACUACGUUAUUGUACAAGCUAAUUAAUUAUGCUAUGUAAUAAUCAAUAUUUUAUCUCAUUGGUUUUGAGGUUUGAACAUGAAAUACUGAGCUUUGAUAAAGUAUAUAAUGUUCUAGGAGUAAGAACUAAGACUAUACUUGACUGGAAUGAGUGUUUUUAUUUAAUAAUUUCAUUGAAAUAAACAUCUUCAAUUUUACAAUUAAUUAUGUAAAAAUAAUUAAAUAAAUUUCAACGUGUAGCAAUUGAAUUCUAUAGYUAAAGAAACAUUCAUUUGUCUUGUAUUAAAAUAAUCAACUAUUAUAUUUCUUUUUUUCAUUUGGUAUGGUGUUUAAUAAUAUUUCAAAUUAUAAUUAAAACCUUAGAAAUAGAAGACAAUAUUUAUUAUUAAAGUAAUAAUAUAUUCCUUGAUACAUCAAAUAAAAUUCGUAGAAAUGCUUAACUAAUUUAAAAUAUAUAAAUCGAAUGUUUUAAUUUGUUUUUUUAUACAUGUGUGCUUUAUUUAUUUAUUUAUUUUUUACUUAAAUAAGGCUUCAACUCCUGAGUUUAUUAGCCUGUAACAAUUACAAAAUAGUAGUAAGAGGUCUUAAAACUAUGGGGAUACAUUAUGUUUAACAAUAGAGGGAGUUUAUAGAAUAUAAUAUGUACAUUUGGUUAUUUUUCUAAAUUAGUUUUGCUAAGCCUGUGUUUUUGAAAAAAUUGUAUAAUAUGUUUUUGGCGGUCCCUUCGCCAAGUGCUUGUUGCAUUGUUGAUGGGUUUCCGAAAAUUUGUCUGGAGCUGGUGAACUUGGGGCAUUCUAGUGUGAUAUGUUUGAUUGUCAGCGCUUUGUCACAGAGUUCACAGGUCGGACUGUCUUCUUUUGUUGCUUUAUUUAUUGUGUUGAAAUCUAUAGGAAAUAUUGGUUUUAUUUGCAUAAAGAAUUGGUUGAUUAAUUUUUAAAAUAUUUAAUGCUAAGUUCAUGAAAUUGACAAAAAUGAUGAUUGCUACUUCAUUAAUUAAACACUUUUUUCUGCCAAAUGUUAGAAUUAAGCAACAAUUUUUAUUUUGUUAUGCUAAGUUCUGUACAUGAUAUUCACAUACUACAAAUUUAGAUAAAAUAUUUUAAAAAAUCAGCCAAAGAGUAAUGUUUUAUACCGUAACUUUUACUUUUAAAUAAGUAUGUUCAGCUUCACAAUGUGUACCUAUUGAUUUAUGAUAUUGUUUAUUUUAAGGCAUUAAAACUUUUUUAGUUAUUCUUUAAUUUAUGUAUAAAAAGAAUCAUUUCUUGAAAAGAAGCUUGAAUAUUUAAUAAACAAUGUUCCGUGUAAAUGUUUUAUAAACACUCAAAACMUAUUGAAACAACAAUAAGGUCACUUUUUCUUAUUAAGAGUGUUAGAAGUGGAUAUUUUGAUUACUCAUUGUAUUAAAAUGUAAAAUAGUAGCUUUUCAUCAUCAAUUUUAGUUUACUUUUUGUAGUUAUUUGUAAUUUAAAAUAUUUCACCAUUACUUAAAUUAAAAU